UCUCACAGUCACAUGACCUGCUCUGAUUGGACCCACCUGAACACACCUGGGAGACGUUAUCCAGGUGAGUCUCAGUCAGUAGCAGAAGAAGACAGUUGAUUACAGGAUAUGGGUCAAGCUCGUAGCUCCACUUCUCCUCAGGUGAUCCUGAUGGGUUUGGACUCGGCUGGAAAGUCGACUCUGUUGGCCAGACUGCUGACAGGACAGGUGAUGGAAACGUCGCCGACCAUCGGAUUCAACGUGGGAACUCUGGACUUGGACAAGAAGACGUCUCUGACUGUGUGGGACGUCGGCGGACAGAAGAGCAUGAGACCCAACUGGAGGUACUAUAUUGACGACUGUAAGGCUCUGGUGUUCGUGGUGGACAGCAGCAACCCAACCCGGAUACCAGAGGCCCAGAAGGCCCUGAAGAAGGUCCUGACUGAGGAGAAGUUAAGAGGAAUUCCUCUGAUGGUUCUGGCCAACAAGAAGGACCUGCCAAACUCCAUGACCAUACGAGAGAUCUCCAACCAGUUGGAUCUGCCCAGUUACACUGACCGGUUGUGGGAGGUUCAGGCCUGCAGCGCUCUGAAGGGACUCGGCCUCCAACAGGCCUUCAUGUCUGUCAACAAACUGAUCAAGAAGAGCUGAGAGGAAGAGGAGGAGGAGGAGGAAUAGGAGGAUUAGAAAUAAAACAUGUAUUAUUUAUGCUGAAUAAAUAUGUAAUAAUAAAUAAAUAAAGAUGAUUAAUGAAGCUGAA